GGCUCGGGUAUACCUGAGAUAAAGACAAUCUUAACGGGAGUUUCAUUGAAGCAGUACCUCAACUUUUCAACUCUCGUCUCGAAAGUCGUCGGUCUCACUUUCUCUCUUGGAUCUGUUAUGCCGCUAGGAAAACUAGGACCAUUCGUUCACGUCGGGAGUGCAACAGCAUGGUGCCUCUCCAAGUUUUUCCCUGCAAUACAAAAAGUAUGCAUCAAAAUGGAAUCUGCCUACAGUCACGUGUUAACAGCUGGUGCGGCGGUUGGGGUGUCUUGUAUAUUCGCCACGCCAAUUGGAGGUAUAAUGUAUAGCAUCGAGGCGACAGCCACCAACUACGCCACGAAAAAUUUCUGGAGGUGUCUGUACGGGGCCAUGGUGGGUGCCAUCUCGUUCAGGUUGAUGACAACCUGGGCCAGAUCAGAACUAGCCACCAUCGUACCAUUCUUCAAAUCUGAUCUGAAUCAUUCGAACGCUUACGAUGAGUUGGAAAUCCUGAUCUUCAUUGCGCUUGGUGUCAUAUGCGGAUUGUUGGGAGCCCUCUUCGUAUUCAGUCACCAGAGCGUUGUCCUCUUCGUUAGAAGAAGGAAAAAAUUAAGUGCCUGGCUCCAGAAAACACGGUUUGUAUACCCGGGGGUGGUCACUUUGGUCAUCUUCACAGUUCUCUUCCCGGCUGGUUUGGGACAAUAUAUGGCUGGACAAGUCGGUUUUGAGCAGUCAGUGAUCCACAUGUUUGACAACAGAACCUGGACCAGUGCUGAGGCCCACAAUGAGGAAGAGUUGAGGUACCUGGAGGUCUGGAGGGGGCCCCUAAACAACCCCAUCUUAACUGUUUUUCUUUACUUCAUAAUGAGGGCAACAACCACGCUUCCAGUUCCAUGUGGAAUAUUCAUUCCUGCCUUCACUCUAGGUGCUGCCUUCGGUCGAUUAUCUGGAGAGGUGAUGGCUUAUUACUUUCCAGGCGGUAUCAGAGGGAAUGCCAUCUCGCCAGGAGCCUACUCGAUCAUCUGCGCAGCUGCACUCUCCGGAGCCAUGUCGCAUACGGUGUCUCCGUCGGUUAUCGCCUUUGAAAUGACUGGCUACCUGGGCCAUAUUCUCCCAUGCGUCAUUAGUGUGUGCGUAGCUGGAGCAGUUGCAAACUUCUUGCGCCCUUCCGUGUACGAUGCCAUCAUCAAAAUUAAAAAUCUACCAUUCCUGGCACCUGUCAUCAACCCCCAGGAAACAAAGUUUGUUAAAUUUUUUUUCAAUUUUUCAUUAUCCAGAACAAAAGUAAUUAACAAUAGCAAUCAAGAAAACAAUGAUAACAAGGCUAAUGUUUUUCGAAAGCGCUUACGAGGUGACGGCUGA